ACAGCUUUCCAUUUUCUCCGCACAUCUCGCCACGUGUCCAAACAUAUCUGGACCCCACACCUCUUAAAUCUACCCAAUAACAAGCCCCACUCUUUUACUAUUCAGAAAAGUGGGUCCCACACCCUCUUACACAAUCACCGACGCUUUUUAACUCCUCAUCUCAAAUUCCCAAUACAAACUUCAUCUUCUCUUCAUUCACAACAUCCAUGGCUGCCUCUUCCCUCUUCUCCAACUCUCUCAUCUUCGCCGGCGGCACCGCCCUCGCUGUCUUCCUCUUCUGGUCCAUGUACUCCUUCCUCCUCCCCAAUCCCACCUCCCCCACCACCUUCCCCACCACCACCACCACCACAACCACUUCAUCUAAUUCCAACUCCAAAAUCACAAACUGGGACACUCACCGGAAAACAUGGCUUCUCUCCAACCCCUCUCUUUCCAAACCUCUUCUCAUGCUCACCGGCUCACAACCCACCCCUUGCCGGAACCCCAUCGGCGACCACCUCCUCCUAAAAUUCUACAAAAACAAAGCCGACUACUGCCGUCUUCACAACAUCGAUCUCUUCUACAACACCGCUCUCUUCCACCCUCUCAUGCCCAAGUUCUGGGCCAAGCUCCCUCUCCUCCGCUCCGCCAUGCUCGCCCACCCGGAAGCCGACUGGCUCUGGUGGGUCGACUCCGACGCCGCCAUCACCGACAUGGACUUCUCUCUCCCUCUCCACAAAUACCAAAACCACAACCUCGUCGUCCAUGGCUGGCCUCAUCUCGUCUACGAGAAACGCAGUUGGGUCAGUCUCAACGCCGGCGUUUUCCUCAUCCGCAAUUGUCAAUGGUCUCUUGACUUCAUGGACGUCUGGGCUUCUAUGGGUCCUCAAACUCCACACUAUGAAUCCUGGGGUAAAACCCUCAAAGCUGACCUUUCCGACAAGCUUUUCGACGAGUCUGAUGAUCAGUCUGCCCUAGUUUAUCUUCUCUUGCAUGAGAAACAGAAGUGGGGUGAUAAGAUUUACUUGGAGAAUGAGUUUUACUUUGAGGGUUACUGGCUGGAGAUUGUUGGCAAGUUGAAUAAGAUUGAGGAGAAGUAUUUGGAGAUUGAGAAGAGGUCACCGGAGUUGCAGGAGAGGAAGGCGGAGAAGGUGGCGGUGAUGGAGAAUGCGGCGGUGAGAGAGAAGUAUUUGCAGGAGAUGAAGAUGAGGUUUGGGAAGGAGGGUUGGAGAAGACCUUUUAUAACUCAUUUCACAGGGUGUCAACCAUGCAGUGGUGAUCAUAAUAAGAUGUAUUCUGGGGAGAAUUGUUGGGAAGGGAUGAUGAGAGCUUUGAACUUUGCUGAUGAUCAAGUGCUCAGGAAUUAUGGGUUUAGACAUGAGAAGGUUGUUGGGAAUGAGUCUGCUUCCGCUGCCGUCGUCCGGCCGUUGCCGUUUGGGUUUCCGGCCACCGGGUAGAGUGGUGGCGGUGGUGGUGAUCUUGGAUAGUUUACAUGGUUGAGUUAAAAAAAAUAGGAAAUAAAAGUUUAGGAAAAAAAAAAAA